AUGGACGUGCGUGCACGAGAGCUGACGUGCAAGGGGAUGCACGAGUGGGAGGUGGAACCAGGGACUCAGGUGCGAGCUGCCCACGCACGGCCUGCCAAGGGUGAACGGGCCCAGAGCGCCGGGAAACCCAGCGCUGCGUGUGCUUGGAACCGGGCCCCGAGAGCUGUGCAAACCCACCGCUGCGCGUGCUCAGAACCGACCUGCCGUGCGACAGGCCCCGAGAGCUGUGCAAACCCAGCGCUGCGCGUGCUUGGAACCGGGCCCCGAGAGCUGUGCAAACCCAGUGCUGCGCGUGCUCAGAACCGACCUGCCGUGCGACAGGCCCCGAGAGCUGUGCAAACCCAGCGCUGCGCGUGCUCAGAACCGACCUGCCGUGCGACAGGCCCCGAGAGCUGUGCAAACCCAGCGCUGCGCGUGCUUGGAACCUGCCCCCGUGCGACAGGCCCCGAGAGCUGUGCAAACCCAGCGCUGCGCGUGCUCGGAACCGACCUGCCGUGCGACAGGCCCCGAGAGCUGUGCAAGCCCAGUUCUGCGCGUGCUCAGAACCGACCUGCCGUGCGACAGGCCCCGAGAGCUGUGCAGACCCAACACUGCAUGUGUUUGGAACCUGCCCCCCGUGCGACGGGCCCAAGAGCCGUGGAAACCCAGCCCUGCAUGUGCUUGGAACCCGGCCCCCGUGCAACAGGCCCUGAGAGCUGUGCAAACCCAGCGCUGUGCGUGCUUGGAACUUGGCCCCCGGUGCGACGAGCCCAAGAGCCGUGGAAACACAGCGCUGCGUGUGCUCAGAACCCACCCACCGUGCAACAGGCCCCGAGAGCCAUGGAAACGCAGCGCUGCGUGUGCUCAGAACCCACCCCCCAUGCGACAGGCCCCAAGAGCCAUGGAAACGCAGCGCUGCGUGUGCUCAGAACCCGGCCCUCGUGCAACAGGCCCCGAGAGCCGUUGAAACCCAACGCUGCGUGUGCUCGGAACCCGGCCCCCGUGCGACAGGCCCCAAGAGCCGUGGAAACGCAGCGCUGCGUGUGCUUGGAACCCGGCCCUCGUGCGACAGGCCCCGAGAGCUGUGCAAACCCAGUGCUGCGUGUGCUCGGAACCUGCCCCCGUGCAACGGGCCCCGAGAGCUGUGCAAACCCAGUGCUGCGUGUGCUCAGAACCGACCCGCCGUGCGACAGGCCCCGAGAGCCAUGGAAACCCAACGCUGCGUGUGCUCAGAACCCACCCACCGUGCAACAGGCCCCGAGAGCCAUGGAAACGCAGUGCUGCGUGUGCUCGGAACCCGGCCCCCGUGCGACAGGCCCCGAGAGCCGUGGAAACGCAGCGCUGCGUGUGCUCGGAACCCGGCCCCCGUGCAACAGGCCCCAAGAGCCGUGGAAACGCAGCGCUGCGUGUGCUCAGAACCCGGCCCUUGUGCGACAGGCCCCGAGAGCCGUGGAAACCCAGUGCUGUGUGUGCUUGGAACCUGCCCCCGUGCGACGGGCCCCGAGAGCUGUGCAAACCCAGUGCUGCGUGUGCUCAGAACCGACCCGCCGUGCGACAGGCCCCGAGAGCUGUCCAGACCCAGAGCUGCGUGUACUCAGAAUCGACCCGCCGUGCAACGGGCCCAAGAGCCAUGGAAACUCAGCGCUGCGUGUGCUCAGAACCCGGCCCCCGUGCAACAGGCCCCGAGAGCCGUGGAAACGCAGCGCUGCGUGUGCUCGGAACCCGGCCCCCGUGCAACGGGCCCCGAGAGCCGUGGAAACGCAGCGCUGCGUGUGCUCGGAACUCGGCCCUCGUGCGACAGGCCCCGAGAGCCGUGGAAACGCAGCGCUGCGUGUGCUCGGAACCCGGCCCCCGUGCGACAGGCCCCGAGAGCCGUGGAAACCCAGCGCUGCGUGUGCUCGGAACCCGGCCCCCGUGCGACAGGCCCCGAGAGCCGUGGAAACCCAGCGCUGCGUGUGCUCGGAACCCGGCCCCCGUGCGACAGGCCCCGAGAGCCGUGGAAACCCAGCGCUGCGUGUGCUCGGAACCCGGCCCCCGUGCGACAGGCCCCGAGAGCCGUGGAAACCCAGCGCUGCGUGUGCUCGGAACCCGGCCCCCGUGCGACAGGCCCCGAGAGCCGUGGAAACCCAGCGCUGCGUGUGCUCGGAACCCGGCCCCCGUGCGACAGGCCCCGAGAGCCGUGGAAACUCAGCGCUGCGUGUGCUCGGAACUCGGCCCUCGUGCGACAGGCCCCGAGAGCCGUGGAAACGCAGCGCUGCGUGUGCUCGGAACCCGGCCCCCGUGCAACGGGCCCCGAGAGCCGUGGAAACCCAGCCCUGCGUGUGCUCGGAACCCGCCCCCCAUGCAACAGGCCCCAAGAGCCAUGGAAACGCAGCGCUGCGUGUGCUCAGAACCCACCCACCGUGCGACAGGCCCCGAGAGCCGUGGAAAGGCAGCGCUGCGUGUGCUCGGAACCCGGCCCCCGUGCAACGGGCCCCGAGAGCCGUGGAAAGGCAGCGCUGCGUGUGCUCGGAACUCGGCCCUCGUGCGACAGGCCCCGAGAGCCAUGGAAACGCAGCGCUGCGUGUGCUCGGAACCCGGCCCUCGUGCAACCGGCCCCGAGAGCCGUGGAAACCCAGCGCUGCGUGUGCUCGGAACCCGGCCCCCGUGCAACGGGCCCAUGUCCAUAGUGGGCUGAGCGAGGGCCAGGUGCCCGGUUCCCUUAUGUGA